AUGAAUCAAUCAAGUUCAGACAAGUUGCCCGUCGACGCUGCCCAGCUGGAGGAGAGAAUCGGCGAACCGACCAAGGAUGGACUCUUGGGGCCUGACGAUGUCCGCAUUGCCGACGCAUCCUCACUGCAUAGUGGUGAGGAUAUUCUUGCGCUUCAAGACCUCGACCCUGUUUUGAACAUGAAGAUGCACCUCGUCAAUAAUGCAAUCGAUGAAAUUGGGUGGACUCCAUAUCACCUCAAGCUCUUCUUCCUCAAUGGCUUCGGAUAUGCCGUAGAUUCCAUGAUUCUGCUCUUCCAGUCCAUUGUUGCGGGACCGGCUUAUCGCGAGUUUCGCAGCGGUUACGCAAACGCCCUCACAAUUGCUGUGUACUGCGGCAUGCUUACAGGUGCCAUUUUCUGGGGAUUUAGUGCCGAUAUCAUUGGCCGCAAAUACGCCUUCAAUAUCUCACUCUUCAUGUGCUCAGUGUGCUGCAUCGUCGCCGGUGCCAUGCCCAGCUGGCCAUCCCUGGCCCUCUUCAUCGCCCUACUGGGCUUCGGCGGAGGUGGCAACCUGAUCAUGGACACGACCGUUUUCCUUGAAUAUCUCCCCAGUAACAAGCAAUGGCUUCUUACAUUUCUUGCUUGUUGGUGGGGUUUUGGUCAGGCCAUUACGGGAUUUAUUGGCUGGGGCUUUCUCGUUCCUGCAAAGUGGAAUUGCAGUGCCGACGCUGCAACCUGCUCCAAGGAUGAAAAUUGGGGCUGGCGAUAUUGUCUCUUCACCGGAGGAGCAUUAGUUCUGGCCAUGUCUCUUCUCCGGGUAACUGUGGUUCGACUACGGGAGACUCCAAAGUACCUUCUUGGCAUGGGUCAGGACGAAAAGGUAAUUGAGACCUUUCACUACCUAGCCACGAAGUACAAUCGCCCUUGUUCCUUGACAUUGGAGAAACUCCAGGCUUGUGGAACAAUUCGAGCUGUGCAAAACUCCAAAGGCUUCUCGGUGCAACAAUCUCUGGUACAUUUCAGUGGUCUUUUCUCAACUAAGAAAGUUGCCAUUUCUACGGUCAUGAUUUGGCUUUCCUGGACUCUAAUUGGCUUGGCUUAUCCCUUGUUCUAUGUUUUCCUACCUACAUAUCUUGAAAACCACGGGUUGAAGUUCCAAAGAACGCAAUUCGAAACAUGGCGUAAUUAUGCCAUUACUAACAUAUGUGGUAUUCCUGGUCCCAUAAUUGCUGGAUUCAUGUGUAACACCCGGAUACUAGGUCGGAAGUAUACCAUGAGCAUUGGCGCGCUUAUUACCAUGGCAUUUUUCUUUGCUUACACAGCAGUAAAAACCUCGGUACAGGACUUGGCUUUUACCUGUUUGAUUGCUUGCUUCCUCAACAUUUACUACGGCACUCUCUACGCAUAUACGCCAGAAGUCCUUCCUAGCGCCCAUAGAGGAACGGGAAAUGGAGUUGCAGUAGCAUGCAAUCGCAUCAUGGGUAUUGUCUCUGCUGUGGUAGCUUCGGAGGCAGAUACAGCGACGUCUGCGCCGCUGUACGUUUGCGCCGCUAUAUUCAUUGUAGCAGCCAUAGUUUCUGCACUCUUCCCCUUUGAGCCAUACGGCCGACGAAGCUCAUGA